AUGCAGGUCGACACUAGAAAUACGUCCACUCUCCCCAUUGUCGGACCCGACAAGAACAAGUCAAGGACUGCAUUUGUACGACCUGCUCAGAUGAGUCUGUUCGCGCGAGUGACUAGUUACCCGCCCCUCGGCCAGGUCACUUGUCUUCCUCGGGUCCAGAGGACGUUGCGGUCUGAGAAGGAUGAUGUUGUCCGAUUCACAGUCGUCAUCGAGUCCAGCAAAUCCUUCCCAGACCAAAUCUGGGAAACUCAGAUCUGGCACAACAUUUCCAGCUCAGAAUGGACAGAUCUCCCCCUUCGCAAGAUCGACCCCUCACACGCGCCCUUGCUGAGCGAGAAUGGCGCGGAGAAUAGCUACCAUCGCCACAUAUUCUCAAACGAGAUCGUCUUGCCCUCCUCAGGCGGACAUGCACAAUUCACGAUACGCUUUCGCAUGGGCCCAGAUACCGACUGGCAAUGGGCCAACGAGCAGCAUCCGAUUAAUGAUGGCGAGAUUGUAUUCUGUCCUCGCAUGCCACUUGCGCAGAGUACAUCGUCAAAUGGAAAGGAUGAACUUUCCACGUAUAUCGACAAUCUUUCACAAGAUACUCAUAUUGAGUCGAGAUCCAGCGAGGCUCCUGGUUCGCUGCUGUGGUCCGUAUCUGGUGACGUGCCCGCUGCGACCGAAGCGUCUGGGACAAAAAGUCUUGUGCUAGGCAAGCCGUCCUCGGUGACUAGGAAUUUCUCUUUGGUGCGAGUCUGGAGUCCUUGGCUAGGUCCCAGACAUGGGAAAGAUCAGUUCCGGCUGACAGAGGACGCUUUUCUGUGCUCCUUUCUACGGAAAGAUGGGAUGCAUCUCGUCUUGCUCGCCGUCUCGGGAAUCAACGAUGUCUUGACUGUGUUCAGGUCGGGGAAUCAUAAUGAUCUCGUCGUCAAAGCGCGAAACGAUAAUACUGAGACAGCCAAAUUCCAGGUGUUGGCUGCUGUCGCCGAGGACUUUGAGGUUGCCUUGUCGGCGCUCGUUUACGAGUCUCGAAAGUUCGUCAGGCCUUUCUCGGAGUUCUCAGAUGUGUCCUCGGAAGACUUCACCCCGGUAUCGCCACUGGGAGAUGAUGUUGUCAUCGUGGAGAAAGAUCCACAGAUACAGUGGCUAACUGAAUGGUUUGACGGCUUGACAUAUUGCACGUGGAACGGACUGGGCCAGAACCUGACUGAGGAUAAGAUUCUUCAGGCAUUGAAGGACCUAAAAUCAAACGGAAUAAACAUUUCCAACCUGAUCAUCGACGAUAACUGGCAAAGCGUCGACAACGAAGGUGACUCCCAAUUCAAGCGCCGCUGGCAAAAAUUCGAAGCAAACAGCGCAGCCUUCCCAGACGGCCUCAGACAAUCCGUCAACAAAUUCCGCCAAACACAUCCAAACAUCCAACACAUCGGCGUCUGGCACGCCCUAUUCGGUUAUUGGGGCGGUAUCAGCCCAAACAGCGACCUAUCCAAAAACUACAAAACAAAAGAAGUGAAAAUCAAAGACCCGGCCGCGGACGGCCCAAUCGCUCAAAACAUCACCGACGGCAAGAUCCUCGCCAUCGACCCAGACGACAUCCAACAAUUCUACGAAGACUUCUAUACCUUCCUUAAUGCCUCCGGCAUCGACUCCGUAAAAGCAGACGCGCAAUUUUUCAUCGACCUCCUCGACGACCCGAGCGAUCGGAAGAAAUUCACAACAGCCUACCAAGAUGCCUGGUCCAUCGCCGCACUUAAACAUUUUGGCACACGCGCUAUCUCCUGCAUGUCGCUGAUUCCGCAGAUUAUGUUCCACUCGCAAUUACCGACAACCAAACCGACCAUUCCACUCCGAAAUUCGGAUGACUUCUUCCCCGAUGUCCCAGCCGCGCAGCCUUGGCAUGUUUUUUGUAAUGCGCAUAAUGCCUUGUUCACGAGGUACCUCAAUGCACUGCCGGAUUGGGAUAUGUUUCAAACGAAACAUCCGUACGCUUCUUUCCAUGCUGCUGCACGCUGUAUUUCUGGCGGACCCGUGUACAUCACUGAUGAGCCAGGCAAGCACGAUCUCAAACUCCUUGAUCAAAUGACUGCCCCAACCGUCCAUGGGACAACUGUUAUUUUACGACCCAGCGUCAUCGGCAGAACAAUCGAUGUCUACAAUGGCUAUCACGAAGGAAGGAUAUUGCGAGUCGGGAGCUAUACCGGCUGGGCCAAGACGGGCAGCGGCAUCCUGGGCCUCUUCAACGUUCAAUCCGGGCAAACAACCUGCUUGGUCUCCUUGAUGGAUUUCCCGGGCAUCCACGAAGAUUCACAAGGACAAUACGUGAUCCGAGCCUACACAAGCGGCAAAGUAACCGGUCGAAUGCAACCGCUAGACAAAGACUCGCUCGUCUCUAUCGUUCUAGAGCAGAAGGGCUGGGAGAUCCUAACAGCGUACCCGACGCAGUCGUUUACAUUGAAGGGGAGUCGGGGGUACAAUCUUUCCGGUGGGAGUCUGACGCAUGUAGCUGUGCUUGGUCUACUGGGUAAAAUGACUGGUGCUGCUGCGGUUGUUAGUUCGGAUAUAUUUAUCGUGGAAAAUGGUCGGCUGCGGUUCGAUGUGCAUUUGAAGGCAUUGGGGGUUUUGGGUGUUUAUUUCUCGGAUCUGAGUCGGUUGGAUAUUGCUAAGAAUUUCAUGGUUAUGAUUCUAGGUCGGCCGGUUCCGCCGAAGACGGUGUGGAAGGAGGGUGGGGAGGAUGCGAAAGUACUCGCGAUUGAUGUGCUUGCGGCUUGGAAGGCUAUGAAGUUGGAUAGUGGGUGGAGUAAUGAGGCUUUUGUUCAGGUGUUUGUGGGGUGA